UUAGAAAAGCUAACGCGGUUGUCUUGUUUGAAAGAGUCAGUGUUGAGUCGAAACAACACAUUUACAAAUAAACCAGACACGUAGCUACGAUAAAUCACAGUUGAUAAUUGUAAGGACACCACUUUACACUACCCCCCUCUCACCCUUUGUACUCCCUCCCCAUUCCCUUCCUCCCCUUUGCGUCCCUCUUCCCCUCCCUAGGUCCCAUAUGGCUACACCCUUACCUCAAAAGGGGCCUGGUCUGGCUGGUAUGCUCCCCCAGCAGCAGCAGUCCCACCUGCUCCCAGGCUCUGGCUCAGGCCCCGGCCAGCCCCCUAUGCUCCCUCAGGGAGCCCUGAGAGAGAUCUCCCCUGUGUUCCUCUGUCGCAUCGGCCAGGAGACCGUCCAGGACAUCGUCACACGCACCAUGGAGAUCUUCCAGAUCACACGAGCCACACAGCUGCCUAACGGGGUGACCCAGAGCCAGGCUGUGUAUCAGGACCGCUUUGGGAAACUCCAGGAGCACCUCCGUCAGCUGGCCCUGCUCUUCCGCAAGCUCCGCCUCCUCUACGAGCGCUGUGUGGAGAUGACCUCUGACCUGCAGGAAGAACCCUCAGAGCUGGUGCCAUAUGUAGGAGAGGAGAUAGCCCCUGUGAGAGUGGAUCCCUGCAGUCUGGCUGUAAACCAGGAGAGACAAGAAGUGCUGGAGAAGGUGAGGCAGAAAAACCAGGAGAUGAAGAUUCUGAUGGACCAGAUGAGGAACCUGUUAUGGGACGUCAACGCCAUGCUGACACUCAGGAAAUGACAUCACAGAUGAACUCACCCCCUCCCUCACUGCACUUCACGAUGCCCUCCCACUAGGGGCCAUUAAUUAUUACUGACCAAGAAAACUCUAGGCCCUAGUACCUCCAACCAUUGUUGUGCUGGUGUGAGACAGACCGCUGGAAGCUUUGGGUGAUCUACCUUUACAGUAUGGUGCUUUCAGAGACAUUGAAUGAACUGACUUUACUUUAAAAUGUUUUUACUACAUAUGUUUUGUACUGUCAAUAUGAGUUCAGACUUGCAAAGCCUCAGGUGAAUUUCCUGCCUUUUUUUGGGUGGUAAGCACUGACCCAGGACCAGCUAAAUAAACUUUAAUUCAGUGUUAUGAAUUCCACUCAGUGCCCAAAGGGCUGAUCUAGUGUCAGUGCUUAACAUCUGCCCUUAUUCUUUGUGUACCAACACUAGUGAGUGUCACCUGUGAACUGAGUUGAAGACAAUGGUAUCUCAUCACAACUUAGCCCAUGGCAGCUAUUUAUCUCAGGUAUGUGUGUGUCUUAGCAUCAUUAAUGAGGUUAGCUUCCUAAGUGCUGGGCAACACACCUGCUUACCUUAAGGGUUGAGGACCUUGCAUGCCGACUGCUGAGGAGUCGGAAGUAUCAUGCGUGUGAAUCUAUUUUUGUACACUGUGCAGGAUCUCAGAGAAAGCACAAGCAAUAGGUUACUGAGUCUUUUUCUACAAAAUAAAUACAUUGUAAAAACACA